UGAGCCAAUGAGACCGGCUUUACAUUAGACUGACAGGCUGACUCGGCGAGCCCGGAGACGCCGUUCAGGGUUAAACAACUGCGCGACAGCCAAUACGGAUCCACGACGGACAGGAACGGAGGGAAACAAGAAAAUACGAAUUCGUCUUCCUGUAGGUCAAGCCGUUACCUGCCACCUGCAGCAGAGUGGAGCCCGUUUAAGGAAAAGUGGGAACAACAGCCACAACAAUGGCUCUGUCGCAGUGCUUGGACGACUCGCCUCUGAGACUGGGCCCAAAACACACCGGGGCCGACGACCUGAACCUGCAGGAGGUCUACAACGAGAGACACCGGCUGGCUCUGGAGGAACUCCUCUCCGGAGGACUCGACAACUUUUUGGACUUCCUCAGGAAAGAGAAGAUCCCCAACUUUCUGUCUGACGAUGAGAUCCAGCGGAUCAGGAGCACCGCCGUGCCUCCGCGGUGCGUGUCCGUCCACGGGGAGGACCAGGCGCUGGAGCAGUCGCUUAGCAGCUCGCAGGACUGCUCCUCCGUCACCUAUUUCCCCGAGGUUUCCGACUUGGAGCCGCCGCUGCUGGAGCUGGGCUGGCCCGCCUUCACCGCGGGGUCUUACCGGGGAGUCACACGGGCCGUGGCGCACUUCCAGCCCAGCUACGGGGAGUGCAUUUACAGCUGCAAGGAGGCGGCGAGGCGUAUGAUUAAAAGUGCCAGAGAGGUGAUUGCCAUAGUUACAGACUCCCUGACAGACCUGGAUAUCUUUAAGGAUCUUCAGGAGGCAUGUUCCCAACGCAGAGUCCCUGUCUACAUCCUGCUGGACCUAUCAUGUGCUCCUGCUUUUCUCAAGAUGUGCAGAAAUGUCGGUGUUCGCCUGGAUGACCUUCGGCAAAUGAGAGUGCGUACCAUAACUGGUACGUCUUAUUACAUGAGAUCAGGAGCGAGGAUUACUGGGAAGGUUCACGAGAGGUUCAUGCUGAUUGAUGGAAACAGAGUGGCUACAGGUUCCUACAGGUUCAACUGGACUGACGGCAAACUGAACAGCAGCAACCUCAUUGAGCUCUCCGGACAGAUAACAGAGAAGUUUGACGAGGAGUUCCGCAUCCUCUACGCCCAGUCUCUACCUAUAAAUACUCGAGGACCUCCAAGUGUCCGAAACAGCGGCAUCUAUGAGCACUUCCUCAUCAAACACUCGGUCACCUCCUCCCCUCACUUGGCCAGAGAGAGGCCAGCAGAGCCAGUGUGUCUGACCAGCACACCCAGCCGCGAGCCCCAAACCUUAGCCGUGCACCCCCUGUGUGAACCUUCAACCCCAGAUCGUCAUCAAAUCAAAUCAAAUCAUAUCGGCAAAGUGUCCGUCUGGACAGAGCAGCAGCCCAUGCAAGAGGAGAUCCUGGCUGGCAGCAUGACUCUGCAUUUCCCUGCAGAGCAGCUACCAGAGAAAGACCCAGUGACCCCCAGCACUGUCUCCUGCCACGUCUCCACCCAAACCAACAGGUCAGUGACAGACAGUGACACCCAGACUGACCUGCAGCUUAUACAACACCCCAACCUCAUCGCACGGACAAGCACAGGACCAAACCAGGCCACGUCUCCGCCCAGGCAGAUCUUGCCCACCCAGGCAGCUCCAGACGCCACCUUGAAGGACUGCUUCCGCAAGCUGACCAACGAGCGCCAGCACCACUACUCCACCAUCCGCUCCAAGCUGGAACACAUGGUGACCGCCCUGUCCCAGAGACGAGAGCUGGCAGACGUCACCAACAUGACUCAGGGGCUUGGCGCUCACAGCAGGCAGAGGGCACACAAAGACUGGGAGCAGGAACCAAACCCCAGACUGCUUGUUGAAAGUGUGGGCAUGGGCACAUGGCCAAGAGCCAGAUGUGUUCACUAGUUUGCCCUCAGGGAUUUUGGUGAUGGAGGGUAGUGGGCAAAGAGCUGUAGGACGGUUUCUUGUGAAUCUUCUGUUUCAGAUAAACACUUUCGGCUUUUCAUUCUGUGUCCUGUCCAUGUCGAAACUAUUUUUGGUGAAAUGGCAAUGCCUGAUUGUAAUUGACACUAAUAUCUUGCAAAUAAUAAUUUUGACCAAAGACACAGUGCAAUAAUCAUUAUUUUGACUAUGUCAGUUUAAUGAAUAUCAUUUGCUGGGGUGGUUGAGACUGGAUAAUAUCUGCUGUAGUAUGAGUGAAAAUGCAUUCAAGUGAUGUUGUGGUUAUUUAAAUCACAUUUAGCUGCUGUAACUGCAUCUGAUCAUCAUUCCAGAGAGCAGCUGGCUCUCGCUGUGCCUUGCUAAUAAAGUAGUAUUUUGCUA